AUGAAGUUUUUGGAGGACUGCCCCAUACAGACCCUCAUCCCUCUCUAUUUGCUAGCGGGUGGGAUCAUUGGAGCCUUAAAGGUGUCUCUCCUGCUGCAUGACUCUACCAGGAUGAGGCGGCUUGUGGCCAAGGCCGUGGUGAUUGACGACAACCAGGACGAUGAUGCAUAUCCCUGGAGGCAGACCGUGUGCAAGUAUUAUAUCCACCUCAGCCUCAGCCUCUUCCUUUUCCUCUGGUUCCUUUCGGGGAAUUACGGGGCCCUCUCCGUCUACCUGCCUGAUUUUAUUCCCCCUUUCCAGCAGCCUCAAGAUUACUGUGACAAAACCCUGUACCCCUGUGCCGUAGGAGUCCUCGUGCUCAGCCACACCAUGCUGGUCCUGCUCAUCCUGUGCAGUGGGCGUGUCUAUGUGUGGUCCAGGUGGAGAUUCGUUGUCGAUGGAGACUGAGAAUCACCCCCUCUGGCACACACAGGCACACAUUCGCGCAUGCGCAACUGCACACACUCACAUGCACACACGCGCACGUAUAUGCAAACACGCACCCACGCACACUCUGCACGCUCAUGCGCAAUUGCAAGAGGAGGGCACACUGUAAAGCAAUAAGACGUCCCUCCAGGCAGUGAAGAAACCACCAAAAUGCACUGCGUGUUUAUUCUAGGCAGACUAAAGGAGCGCUUGCCUCCCUGGGCCUGGGGGAAGCCCUGUGGUUCUUUCCAGAGUGGGACU